AUGGAUUCUGAAGAAGAAACAUAUGAUGAUGUUGACUCAGGCAAUGAAUCCAGUGGAGACGACGUUGAUUUUGCAAUGGAAGUUGAAGGUUCGGGCCAUAGAGAAAUGCAGACAGAUUCAGAUGACUAUCCUUUUGAAGUCCUAAGUACUGAAGAAAUUGUCCAACACAUGGUGGAUUCUAUAAAAGACGUCAACUCUGUCGUAGAGAUACCUGCCACAACAACAAGGAUACUAUUGAAUCAUUUUCGGUGGGAUAGAGAAAAACUUAUGGAGCGAUUUUAUGAUGGUGAUCAGGAGCAGUUAUUUUCAGAAGCCAGAGUUAUAAAUCCAUUCAAGGAUUUGAAUAUUAGUUUUAAGGCCAAGCCUCAAAAAAAAGCAUCAAAUGGUACAGAAGAAUGUGAGAUUUGUUUCAUGGUUCUUCCAUCAUCACAUAUGACUGGAUUGGAAUGUGGUCACCGAUUUUGUACUCACUGUUGGUGUGAAUACCUUACUACUAAAAUUAUGGAAGAGGGAGUUGGCCAAACAAUUGCUUGUGCAGCUCAUGGUUGUGACAUUUUAGUGGAUGAUGCUAGUGUUAUGAGACUAGUAAAAGAUUCAAAAGUUAGACUUAAAUAUCAACAUUUAAUAACAAACAGUUUUGUUGAGUGUAAUCGUCUAUUGAGAUGGUGUCCAUCGCCAGACUGUAGUAAUGCAAUCAAAGUUCAAUAUGUGGAACCACACAAAGUAACCUGCAAAUGUACACACUCCUUUUGCUUUGCUUGCGGCGAAAAUUGGCACGACCCAGUCAAAUGUCACCUACUGAAAAAGUGGAUAAAAAAAUGUGACGAUGAUUCAGAAACGAGUAAUUGGAUAGCUGCUAACACCAAAGAGUGUCCUAGGUGUAAUGUAACAAUUGAAAAAGACGGCGGUUGCAAUCAUAUGGUGUGUAAAAACCAGAAUUGCAAGACGGACUUUUGCUGGGUGUGCUUGGGCCCCUGGGAGCCUCAUGGAAGCUCGUGGUACAACUGUAAUAGAUAUGAUGAGGAUGAGGCUAAGGCAGCUCGUGAUGCUCAAGAAAAAUCUCGCUCAGCUCUACAACGUUACUUAUUCUACUGUAACAGAUAUAUGAAUCACAUGGCGUCACUUAAAUUUGAACACAAACUUUACGCUUCCGUGAAGGAAAAAAUGGAGGAAAUGCAGCAGCAUAACAUGAGUUGGAUAGAGGUGCAAUUUCUGAAAAGGGCCGUGGAUAUACUUUGUCAGUGUAGGCAGACAUUGAUGUACACAUAUGUUUUUGCCUACUACUUACAAAAGAAUAAUCAGUCUGUGAUCUUUGAAGAUAACCAAAAAGACCUUGAGAGUGCUACUGAAACUCUGUCUGAGUAUUUGGAGAGGGAUAUUACGUCUGAAAACCUUGCUGACAUAAAGCAAAAAGUUCAAGACAAAUACAGGUACUGCGAUAGUCGCAGAAAAGUGCUACUAGAACAUGUCCAUGAGGGGUAUGAGAAAGAAUGGUGGGAUUACAAUGAAUAA